AUGCUGAGGGACUCCAAAUCCUAUUGGCGGACACCUGCUGCAAUGUCAAAGAAAGCGGGAUAUGGACACCAGCAAAAAGACACGUCACUAAGCCACACACAGACUCUGAGUCAAGGCGCAGCGGACAGCAGCGGCGAUACUCACCUACGGAAACUCAACGGCUCUUCUGCAGAGGUACCAAGCUACCAGAACUUGCAUCGGGAGCUGCUGCUCAGCCACAAGCGGGGCCUUGUGCUGGAGGAGAAGCCGGAGCUGAAGCGUGUGCUGGAGCAGCGGCGGCUGGAGUUGCACAGAGAGCAGGAGAUGGCUCAGCAGGGGCCUUCUGACCUGGAGACGGAGCUCCGCAAGAGACAGCAGAAGCUACGAGAGUACGAGCAAGAGGAGAUCAGGCAGAGGGAGAAUCAGCAGAAGAUACCCGAGUUUGUUCGUGUGAAGGACAACCUAAGACGCACGCAGAUGUUCGAGCAGUGA